AUCUGUUCUCAGAGUAUAGUGGACCUUUUUCUACAACAACAAUUGGGUCGAAAAUCAAGCUGUAUGUCAUGACUAAUAAACCAAGUCCGUGAUCUCCUUGGUGAAGUACUAAAGCUCGGCACAAAGAGCCAAACACACGUUAAGCCGGCCUUGAUCCAUGUGCAUCCAUGCAUGUGAUCACAGGAAUCAAUGUAACAUUGUGCCAUGUGCAUUCAGCGCCUAGAUCAGUGCGAUUGUACUAUUGCUUACUAACAUUCUACUGCGCCUGGCCGGCCAAAACAAAUGUCUACUCCAUAACCUUAACGUUGAUGAGAACUUGUCCGGGUCCUAUAAAGAAUAGGGCUGAAGCACCUAACCUCACAACAACCGUUGUACGCUCCUCAACCAAACAACAAAGCUACAAAAAAAAUCAAGCCAUGACCAUGAGCAUGGCAACCGGCGCUAUGGGCUCCUUGCUGCCCAAGCUGGUCGAGCUCCUCAAGGAAGAGUACAAGCUGAAGGAGAGCGUCAAGGAAGGCGUCAGAUCUCUUGAGAAAGAGAUGAAGAGCAUGCAAGCUGCGCUCAACAAGGUGGGCGAGGUGCCGCGGGACCAGCUCGACGAGCAGGUCAAGAUCUGGGCAGGGGAGGUGAGGGAGCUCUCCUUCAACAUGGAGGACGUCGUCGACAAGUUUUUGGUGCGUGUCGAUGAUGGCUCCAAGCCUGCCGCCAACCCGAAGAAACUCAAACGGUUCGCCAAGAAGAUGGUAGGCUUGUUCACCAAGGGGAAGACUUGCCAUGAUAUUGCCAAAGCAAUCAAGGCCAUCAAUAAGCAAGUAGAAGAGGUUGCCAACAGGCGUCAAAGGUACAAUAUUGACAAUAUUGUCGCUAGGCCUGCUGCCGUGACUCCCAUCGAUCCUCGCCUUGGGGCUCUGUACAAGGAAGUGACAGAUCUUGUUGGCAUUACCGGAACAAGGGAUCAAGAGAUAAUGAAGUUGCUCUCGGAGGGGGAUGACAUGUCCAAGAAAAAGUUGAAGAUCGUCUCUGUUGUUGGAUUUGGAGGAUUGGGCAAGACAACUCUUGUCAAAGCAGUUUAUGACAAGAUCAAGGGAGAUUUCGACUGCAGGGCUUUUGUUCCCGUCAGUCGAAAUGCUAAUGCGAAGGAGGUUUUCAUGGACAUCCUGCACGAGCUUGAUCCUGAAAAGGACAAAGGUCAGCUCACCAUGUUGAAUGAAAGACAACUCAUUGACAAAAUCCAACUACGCCUCGAGAACAAGAGGUACCUCAUUGUAAUUGAUGAUAUAUGGGACGAGAAAUUAUGGACAACCAUCAAUUGGGCAUUCUCUAGGGCUAAUGGUUAUGGUAGUCGGCUAAUCACGACAACUCGUAUAGUCAAUGUAUCUAAAUUAUGUUGCUCGUCGACUAAUGAUUCAGUUUAUCAAAUGGAACCUCUCAGUGAUGAUGAUUCCAGAAGGCUCUUCCAUAAACUUAUAUUUUCUCAAGAGAGUGGAUGUCCUCAUGAGUUCAAAGAAGUUUCUGAAGAUAUAUUGAAAAAAUGUGGUGGUGUACCAUUGGCAAUCAUUACAAUAGCUAGUAUUUUGGCUAGUGAUGAAAGAGCAAAUUCACUGGAUGAGUGGCAUGUUUUGCUGGAGUCUAUUGGUCGUGGACUUACUGAAAACCAUAGUGCCAAGGAGAUGAUGAGGAUACUAUCAUUUAGCUAUUAUGACCUUCGUCCUCAUCUGAAGACAUGCUUAUUAUAUCUAGGCAUGUUUCCGGAAGAUCGCGAGGUCAUGAAAGAUCAGUUGAUAUGGAUGUGGAUUGCCGAAAGCUUUGUCCAAUGUGGAAAAGCAAAGACUAGUCUCUUUGAGGUUGGAGAAACUUACUUCAAUGAGCUUUUGAACAAAAGUUUGAUCCAGCCGGUAUAUGAUGAUUUUGGAUCUGUAUAUGCUUGUCGCGUACACGAUAGUGUGCUUGAUCUAAUUUGUUCCUUGUCAAGUGAAGAAAACUUUGUUACUAUUGUGAGUGGUACUAGUGAUACCAUUUCUUCGGAAGGCAUUGUCCGAAGAUGGUCUCUCCAAAAUGCUAGAAAAGAAGAAGGUCAAACCAGGCCUCUCAGGUCUGACUGUAUAAGACAAGCAAGGUCUGUUGUUACAUUUGCCCCUGCUGUUGAUCUAAUGCCACCAUUCUCGAGCUUUGUUGUUUUGCGUGUAUUAGAUUUGGAUUUGUAUGGUUAUGAUGGUACUAUGGAGGACCGUCUCAACCUUCAAGAGUUGGGGAGUUUACUUCACUUGAGGUACCUACGUCUAUCUGGAAGAGGAUUUCUUGAGUUCCCGGAAGAGAUUGGAAAGUUGCAGUUUUUGCAGGUGUUGGAUCUUCCUAAAAGUACAAGACUGCCAUUGACUGUGAUUAAGCUCACAAGGUUGAUGUGCCUACGGAUUAAUGGUGGGAGGUUUCAGCUUCCAGAUGGUGUUGGAAACCUGAGAUCAAUGGAAGUGUUGCAUAAGAUCCAAGUUGGCUCCAUAAGCAUUGUGCAAGAGUUGGGCAGCAUGCACAGACUCAGGGAGCUCAAUAUUCAGUUUGAGAGCUCAGAGCCUCUGGAAGCUUUUGUGGAGUCAGUAGGAAAAAUGCAAAAGAUCCAGCGUGUAGAAAUCAGUGCCAUGUGUGAGCAUGAAGUUUCAAUGGAUCUGUUGGGGGAAGGUUGGGUGCCCCCUGCAAGUCUCCAGGAGUUUAUCAUGCGCAAAGGCGUCAGAUUAUCUAUGCUGCCGGCAUGGGAUCCAUAUCAUCUGUCACAACUCUCCAAAUUAGUAAUAAGUGUAGGGGAUAUGCGACAGGAGGAUCUGGAAUUCCUUGGAAGAUUACCGACUCUUCGGAUUCUCUGGUUAGUGAGCGACAACCAAAGGCCGCUAGUCGUUGGCACCGAGGGGUUCUGUUGUUUGGAAAGGGUCACCUUGUAUUCCAAAUCACCGAGCCAAAUAUGGUUCCGGCCAGGAGCUUUACCCAAGGCCGAACGAGUUUGUCUCGAUAUCGGUUUGCGGGGGGCAAAAGAGGAAGCAGCUGGCAGCGGUGUCGAUUGGUUUGACCUGGGCAUAGGAAACCUGCCGUCCCUCCGGGAGGUCCGAGUCUGGUUCGGCCGUUCGGGAGUGACGGUCGGGAAGGCCAAGCAAGCGGAGGCUGCGCUAGAGAACGCCCUCCGCGCCCAUCCUAGAGGGUGCUUGGAUCUAAGGGACUAUUUUUAGUCUGACUAAAAAUAGUCUCUUUUAGAGGCUAAAGGUCCAAGCACCCCUGACUAAAGAGAGGCUAGGACUAGUCUUGAGGCUAAAACUUUUUAGUCAUAGGAAACAUACUAAAAUAUGUAUUAGCCCUCUCUCUCCUCAUUUAAUUCCUCUACUUUAACACAUGCAAGUUCU